AACUACUUACUCUUGUGUGAUAUUCUCUCACAAGGGUGUAAAAUGGCAUCAUUUGCCAGCAAUAAUUAUGGUUUGGUGCUUUUGUUUGUUCUCUAUUCUCUGGCCAUGCUUGGCAUGCAAGUAGCUAAUGGGACUAAGGAUGCGCCAACAUUAUUCAUAUUUGGAGACUCCACUUUUGAUGUUGGAACCAACAAUUUUCUUAUGUCUAAAUCAAAAGCCAACUUCCCCUACAAUGGCAUUGACUUUUACCAUUCGUUUCCCACAGGAAGGUUUAGUAAUGGCUUCAACACUGCUGACCAAAUUGCGAGGCAAUUCGGUUAUCAGCAGAGUCCACCACCAUUUUUGACUUUGGAGAGAAAUAGGUACAUUUUCCAGAAGAGUAUUUUGCAGGGUGUAAAUUUUGCGUCAGGGGGAUCUGGAAUUCUUAGAGACACGGGGUCUUUAGAAUGGGGUGAAGUGAUUUUCCUUGGAAAUCAAGUGGAACAAUUUUCGUCAGUCCGUGACAAUCUUACUGAGAUAUUGGGACCAGUAAAAGCUGCUACAUUCGUUUCUAAGGCUUUGUUUCUCAUCAGCGUUGGAAGCAACGACUUCUUCGAUUUUGCCCGUAACGAGAGUGGCUCCAUUCAUUUGGGGGCAGAAGAAUAUUUAGCUGUUGUACAACUCACAUAUUUCUCUCAUAUAAAGAAACUGUAUGAGUUGGGGGCUCGUAAAUUUGGCAUCGUAAGCAUUGCACCCAUAGGGUGCUGUCCCGCUGUAAGCUCUUUGAAUGGAGGGAAAUGUGUGAAAGCCCUUAAUGAUUUUGCAGUUGCAUUCCAUUCAACAACUCGAGAUCUUCUGCAAAGGUUGAGUUAUGAAUUGGAAGGGUUCCAGUUCUCACUUGGCAACUCUUUCGUAAUGACCACCACCAUUUUAAAGAGCCCUUCGUCCUUCGGAUUUAAAGAAACGAGGUCAGCAUGUUGCGGGAGUGGAUAUCUGAAUGGGCAAGUUGGAUGCAUAAAAGCCCAAAACGCUAGUCUGUGCGCAAAACGCAAGGAGUUUUUGUUUUGGGAUUGGUUUCAUCCUACUGAGAUAGCUUCGGAAUUGGCUGCUAAGACUCUGUUUGGAGGAGGCAUUGAGUUUGUGAGUCCAAUCAAUUUUAGUCAGUUAGCUUAUUCCUAGUGAUCAAUGUAUAAGAGGUAAAAAUGUCCACCAACUAAAAUUUCAAGUGUAUAAUAAUAACGCAGCUGGCAUCUCUCUUUGCUUGUCAUGUGCUUUUAUAUAUGUUGAGAAAAAUUAUAAUGCAUAAGUAUAUGCUACAAAAGUCUCUCAAUUGUGAGCGCGAAAUAAGAGUUAUUAUGUAUAAUCAGCAUCCACUGGUUUUUAUUUUUAUUAUUUUGUUCAAUUUCUAUAUUAUAAUUUUGCAAAAUUACAUCAUAGCAUCUUGUUUAGGUUUUUUUUUUAACUGUGAAUUUUUUUUUUAAAGGUCAAAGAAUAAG